AUGCUGCAGCCUGGUCCAUCCUACCUUAUGGAGGCAAUUGCGCAGCUCCUUUCCGAGGUCGUCUUGGGCACAGGUUGGGCCACAACUCACUACAACUCACCUUCCGCGUCGCAAUCAUCGAAGUGA